AUGAUACUGAUAAAGAAAUCGGUAUUAAGAAAUGUUUUGCAACAAAGAUGCAAUAAAUGUAUAAGAAAUCAUAUAACUACGGCAUCUACACCCACGUCAUCUACAAUAGCAUCCCUACCAUUUACGAAUAGAAUACUAGAGCCUUUAAAAGAUUUUCCUAUUACAAAAGGAAAUGUUAAAUCAAAUAAUAAUAAAAUUACGAACUCAUCUUAUUUAGAUCUUCGACCGGAGAAGUAUGAAAUGUCAGAUGAUGAUAAGAUAACGAAAUAUUAUUCAUCUAAAAACGAUGAUGUAUCAAGAAGACCAUAUGAGAGAGAAAUCAAUUAUCUAAAAAACAUGUUGGAAACAUUUUCGGCUGAAAGUUAUUUCGAAAGAACUUUUCAAAUACUAAAGUCAUUAUCAAAAUUAGUGAAUCAUGAAGAAUUAACUCAGAUAGGUAAUAAAUCAUUAGAAAUUUUAGUAAGAGACUCUAAUAUGAAAUCAAAUGAAUUAAGUAAAGUUAUAUUACAAAUGGAAGAAUUUUGUAAUUUCAAAUCAAAUGAAAGAACGGAGGCAAUAAUUUUAAAAACUCUACUACAAAAUGGUGGAAAUAUAAAUGAAUAUUUUGAAUUCAUGGAUGAUAAAAGGACAAUUAAAAAAAUACUACAAAACACAGAUGUAAUAGGAGCAGACAAUAUGUUUAAAAUAUUUGAUUCAAAAUUCAUUGAUCAAACAUGUAUACCACAAGAGUUAACAGAAGUCUACAAAAAUUAUAAGUUAGAUCAACAAGGUGGGGAAGUUGUUGAAGAUACGAUUAAAUUACAACAAAACGUAAAUAUCAACCCAUUGGACAAACAAAACUUGGAUGAAUUAUUGCCCGUAGAUUCUUUUGGCUUGAAAGUUGUCAGACAUUCACUUCUAGGUUUGAAACCAGAUUCUGGAGCAGCUUUACAAUUCGCGGCGGAUGUUGAAGAAAUAGUGGAGGAUCUAGAUGAUGAAGUAAAAAAUGAAAUUAAAUCUGGAAAAUUGAACUAUUUUGAAAUUUAUAAAAGAUUGAAAACAGAUGAACAAAAACAACAAUUUACUGAAGUACUUGAAGUCUUCAAUACCGACAGGCAAAGACAAAUUGAAAUAAGAGGAAUUGAAGGAGCUAAAGAAAAAUGGAAACAUGAUUUUGAAGAAGCACAAAAACGAGGUGAUUUAAACUUAAGCAAGAGUUUGAAUGCUCAAUGUUAUGAAUGGUAUAAAAAAUUAAUCCCAUUAAUUGAAAAAGAACAUGAAUUAUGUAAAGCUUUACUUAAAGGAGAUAAAUCAGUAGAUCAAAGGGAUUCUGCAACAGCAAAGGAUAGAGCUUUUUAUGCACCUUUUUUGAUAAAAGUAGAUGCUGAAAAAGCAGCAGUUGUUACAAUUUUGGAAUUAUUGAAAUUAAAUGCAAGUGGAGGUGUUGUUGGAGGUAUGAGAGCAGCUAAAGCAAUUGGAUCAGUUGGGAGAGCAAUUGAAUUGGAGUAUAGAACUUCAUGUAUGGCACAGCAAGAACCUAAAUUGUCUGCAAAUAAAAAAUUGGCGGUUUCUCAACAAAUGAAAAAAAUCAUAAGAAAAAGUAUUGAUAGUAUGGAUGAAACCGGAGCAGACUGGGAUAAUGGAACAAGAUCAAGAGUUGGAGGCAUUUUAGUAUCUUUCAUGAUGGCAGUUGCUAGAGUUAAAGUCAGAAAGUACAACAAUGGUACUCAAAUAGAAGAUUAUCAUCCAGCUUUUUUCCAUGGAAUGCAAUUUAUUGGUGGUCAACGUAUAGGGGUUAUAAAAAUUCAUAAUGAAAUAGCCAAAAAUCUUACAGGAACUUCAUUCACUGAAUCUAUUCAGCCACAGUCUUUACCUAUGUUAGUGAAACCAAAACCAUGGAGUUCUUUUUAUGGUGGUGGUGGUCUUUAUUCUAGAAACCCAUUAGUCAGAAUGAGAGAUGCUCCUGAAACUGAAGCAUACGUUAAAGCUGCAGCUAAAAGAGAUAAUCUUGAUGAAGUAUUUGAAGGAUUAAAUGUGUUAGGUACAACAGCUUGGACUAUAAACAAAAAAGUAUUUGAUGUUAUUUCACAAUAUUGGAAUACAGGUGAAGAAUUUUUAACUAUACCACCAGUAUUAGAAUCAGCUAAUUUUCCCGAAAAAUUAAAGCCAGAUGCCGAUCCAAAAGAAAGAUACGAACACAAUAGAGCUAUGUAUAAUGCAGCUAGGGAUUUUGCAGCAUCAAGAUCUCAAAGAUGUGAUUAUAAUUAUAAAUUAGAAAUUGCAAGAGGUUUCAUUGGUGAGAAAUUAUAUUUUCCACAUAAUUUGGAUUUCAGAGGAAGAGCAUAUCCUAUAUCACCACAUUUAAAUCAUUUAGGUGGUGAUUUAACUAGAGCUUUAUUUUUGUUUUGGGAAGGUCAAGAAUUAGGCGAGUCUGGGUUAGAUUGGUUGAAAAUACAAUUAGCAAAUGUUUAUGGUGUUGAUAAAGCUCCAUUAUCUGAAAGAAUUCAAUUCUCAACUGAGAAUUUAGAAAAUAUUUUGAAAUCUGCUGAAAAUCCUUUAAAGAAUAAUUGGUGGACAAAAGCUGAGAAACCAUGGCAAGCAUUGAGUGUUUGUUUUGAAUUAGCUGAAGCUUAUAAAUUACCUGAUCCUACUAAAUUUGUUUCUCAUUUACCUGUUCAUCAAGAUGGAACUUGUAAUGGUCUUCAACAUUAUGCUGCAUUAGGUGGUGAUAUUGAAGGUGCAAAACAAGUCAAUUUGAACCCUGCUGAUAGACCACAAGAUGUAUAUACAUAUGUUGCUAAAUUGGUGGAAAAUAGAGUCAAAGUAGAUGCUGAAAACGGUAAUGAGAUUGCAAUUUUUUUACAAGAUAAAAUUAAAAGAAAAGUUGUUAAACAAACUGUUAUGACUAAUGUUUAUGGAGUUACUUUUGUUGGUGCUUUAGCACAGAUAAAAAAGCAAGUCAUUCAACAUUUUGGUGAAGAUCAAGAACCUCAUAAAUUUGUUAAAUAUUUGACAGUACAAGUAUUUGCUUCUAUUAGGGAACUUUUUGAAAAUGCUCAUUUAAUUCAAGAUUGGUUGGGAGAAGCAGCUAAAAGAAUUAGUAAAUCUGUUUCAUUGGAUUAUGGCGAAUCAGCAGAUACUGAUCAUGAAUUACAUUCUUCAGCUGUAAUUUGGACAACUCCGUUAGGAUUACCUUGUGUUCAACCAUAUCGUCUUAACAAACAUCAUUCGGUUAAAACUUUAGUUCAAGAUGUUUUGAUCUUAAAUCCAUCAGGAACAUCAACUGUUGAUGCUAGAAAGCAACAAGCUGGUUUCCCACCAAAUUUCAUCCAUUCUUUAGAUGCAACUCAUAUGUUGAUGACAGCAACUGGGUGUGGUAAAUUAGGAUUAUCAUUUGCAUCUGUUCAUGAUUCAUUUUGGACUCAUGCAGCGAACGUUAAUAAAAUGAAUUCAAUUUUAAGAGAUCAAUUUGUUCGUUUACAUACUACAGAUUUAGUUCAAUUAUUACGAGAUGAAUUUAUUGAAAGAUAUAAAGGAUCUUAUCAAAUAUUACAUAUUCCAUUAGAUCAUGAAUUAACAUCAAAAGUUAAAGCUAUUAAAAAACAAUGGGCAACAUCUAUUAAAAGAGGUAUAACAAUAACAGAUGAAUUAUAUAUGGAAAGAAAAAGAUUAGAAAUGUUAAAUUCAAAUAAUCCAGAAGAAGUUGAAGCUGCUAAAAAAUUAGAAACUACAUUGAGUGUAGUUCAAAAUUAUGAUCCUUAUCUGAUUAAAGUUGCAUCAAAAAUUAAUGCUUAUGAUGUUUUGGUUCCUUUAGAAUUUCCAGAAGUUCCACCAAAAGGUGAAUUCGAUGUGAAUAAAGUUAAAGAUUCACAUUAUUUUUUCUCAUAA